AUGGCGCGCGCCGUGCUCUACUCGUCGUGGAAGAGCAGUGCAUCGUUCCGGACGCGGAUCGGACUCGCGUGGAAAGGUAUCGAGUACGAGUAUCGAGGUAUCAACCUCCAGACCAACGAGAACUUUGAUGCGGCGUACGCGUCCUUGAACCCGAGCUCGAAAGUGCCGACACUCUUGCUCGACGACGACGUGCUGACGCAAUCGGCAGCAAUCUUGGAGUACUUGGACGAGACGCGCCCGGCGCGUCCACUCUUUCCGACGAACCCCAAGGAGCGCACCAAGGUCCGCGCCUUUUGCAUGGCGAUUGCCGCCGACAUCCAGCCGCUGCAGAACCUCGCGACGCUGCGCAAGGUUGGCGCGCUCGUGUCACCCGAUGAGGCGGAAGAAGCAAAACUCGCGUGGGUUGACCACUGGGUGACGCGCGGCUUUGGCGCGAUCGAAGCGAUGCUCGUCAAGAGCGCGGGCAAGUACUGCUUUGGCGACACCAUCUCGAUGGCCGACGUCUACCUGUACCCGCAAGUGUUCAACGCCCGCUUCUACAAGGUCGACUUGACCGCAUUUCCGCACAUUACGCGCAUUGCCGACCGACUCGCGACUGAGCCAGCGUUCAUGGCCGCCGAUCCGCACGCGAUGCCCGACCGCCCGCAGCCAUAG